AUGGCCGAGAUUGCGAUCUUCGGUCACGUGGGUUACGUGAUCGGGGGUCUCUGCGCCUUGCUGUAUGGCCCGGAAUGCACGGUGGCGUUUCCGAAAUGCGGAACUCACUGGGUGCAGCACAUCAUACAGCUGAUUCUCCACAAGGUAGAGGGACCACGAGACUUCGAGGAGUUCGUCAAGCGCUCUCCCUUCAUCGAGUUCCAAGGCGAAGAAGCCAUCGAAGGAAUGGAGGCACCACGAAAGAUGAGCACUCACUUGCCAUUUCGUCGUCUACCGUUCGAACGGAAGGCAAAGUACGUCUAUGUUGCACAAAACCCUUGGGGCACCGCCAUUUCGUACUAUCACUUUAUGGCCAUGAUUCCCGACUGGGAGCUGCGAAAUGCGACUUUCGACGAAGUUCUAGACGCCUUCAUAAAGGGAGAAACCGGGUUUGGCGACUGCUUCAAGCAUGUCGCAGAAGGCUACGCUCACAGGGACGAACCUAACGUUUUCUUUAUGACUUACGACCAGCUAGCGCGGGAUAAACGCAGGACGAUCAUCAAGUUGGCCCGCUUCCUUGGCGAAGAGCAUGGAAGUCAACUGGAAGACAACGACGGCUUACUUCAAACUAUCCACGAUUGUAGCAGCGUGACGUACAUGAAAGGGUUUCUCAAGGCAACUCACGAGGAACUGGCCAUGAUGACAAAAAUAUACACUGAAGAUUCUCGCACACAGUUUAAGGAGGAAGUCAACUUUGUCCGCGUUGGGAAGGCCGGUGGGUGGCGCAAGGCCUUGGCAAUGCAGCAGCUGGCGAGAAUUGAGGACAAGAUACAGUAG